UAAACUGGAUUCCCUGAUGUUGGGACACUUGUCUGGAUUGCGUUGUGAUACUUUGUUGGAUAAAACUUCAAUUCCAAAAAUAGAUUUUUUACCUGCAACAGCUGAAGACUAUGAAGAAUUGAUUUCUAUGUCUAGGGGGCUAUACAAUGGACUGGACUAUCUGCCUUUCAGGUAUCAUUCUUGGCUGAAGGAACCCCAGAGAACAAUGUUUGUGGCAAAGUGUGAAGGGAAAGUGGUGGGCUUCACAUCAAUCGUACUGGUCGAUGAUGGAACUACUGCAGGGGUGGAAGAUCUUCGGGUAGCCCCCUGGAUAAGAGGACAUGGGGUGGCUGGAUUGAUUAGGAGGUGUUUCCUGGAAACUCUACAUUCUAACCACCCAGAGGUUAAAAGACUUAGAUUCACUCGGGACGAGAAUCCUCCAGCUUCUAUGUUGACUACAUUUAAAGUGAUCAGUUCUAAGGCAGUCAUGUCGGUGUACAUUCCUGCUGACCAGUUGAAAACAACGCUCAGGUUACUGGAGUCUGGAGUGAAUAAUUUGGACAGAUCCAAAAAGCUAUCUGUUCUGGGACCAGAGGAAAUUCUCAGUUUCUUUGAGGAGUCCAAGACAAAGCAACCACUGCUUCCUGGUGGAUUCCUAAUUCAAGACUGUCUUCCACUUACCACUGCUAAGUCCAACCUAAAUCUUCUUCUGAAACGACAGAUUGUCUGGAUUUAUUCUCAUCCUGGGGAUUCAAGUGACUCGGCAUGUUCUUCCAAGGACACAACCAGCUGUGAUGGCCCCCAUUCCAAUCUAGAAGGAUUUCUUAGCCUUGGUUCCCCUCCAUAUCCAGUACCUUUUGCAGAGGGAGCACACUGCCUAGAUAUUGACAUGUUUGGAAAUGAUCCAUAUUGUGCCAAGGUCCAUGUUCUAGAGCAGUUGAAGAUCGGAGUACAGGCAUUGCCUGCAGGGAGUAGUAUAAUCUGUAUCAUAUAUGCAGAUGAGAGCCUCCGGUCUGAGCUUACCCAACUGUGUGAAGGGUUGACUCCAUUCGAUAACUCCAGGGAACAGAUGAUAAUGGAAAUGGAGAUCUAG